AUGUCAUCAUCAGCAACAAACACAGCUGCCCAGAAACUCUCCCAGAAAAUCUUCAAUAAACAAACCCUCAAGUAUGUGUUCACCACCCAUUUCUGGGGUCCGGCCUCUAAUUUCGGUAUCCCCGUAGCUGCUGUCUUGGACUUGAGAAACAAACCAGAAGACACAAUCUCUGGCCCAAUGACUGUUUCGUUGAUUGCAUACUCACUUGUCUUUAUGAAGUAUGCUCUAGCAGUUACACCGAAAAAUUAUCUUCUUUUCGGUUGUCAUGCCAUUAAUACCGUGGCUCAAACAGGCCAAGGUUUGAGGUACCUCCAUUACCAUUAUUUUUCCGAGAAUAAAAAGGAUGAUGCAUAA